AUGAAAAAUAACUAUAUAAUUUGUUUUAAACUUAUUAAGGUAAAAAACUUUUUUGUAAAACAAAAUAAUUUUAAAACAUAUAGUGAUUUUAUCGAAAGAAAAAAAAAGAUAAAUUAUAUUUCCUAUUCACCUCCUAUAGAGAAAGAAAAUGAUAAAUAUAAUUUUGAAAUAUUAAUGAAAGCAAUAAAAAACAGAGCGAAUGAAUAUAAUUUAAUAAAAAUAAAAGAAGUGCAAGAUAAAAUUUUAAUUCAUUUAAAACAUUUUAAUAUAAAUGAAGUGAUAUCAACAUUAAUAUUUUCCUUCAAAUAUAACUUACUAAAUUCAAAAAUACUAUUUGAGAUAAUUGAAUGCAUAUUUCAAAAUUCUUGUUUUUUAAAUACGAAGCAUUUGUAUGUUUUAAUGUUAAUAAGGAAACAGUUGAAUUUUGAAAAUAUGGAUUAUUUCUAUAAUGAAAAAAAUGAAAGAAUUAAUAAAACGAAUGAUUUUAUAAAACAUAUUAAUGAAAAUUUCUUUUGGAAAAAAAAAUAUUUCAGAGAAGUUGAGGAAAAUAUAUUUUCUUCUAUUGAAAAGGAAGUUUAUUCAAAAGAAAAAUGUGUUCAUGAAAUUGAUAAUAAUACAAAAAAUAAAUGUUGCGAUUAUGAUAAUGUAGAAAUAAAUGAAAAAAGCAUAGUAGAAAAGGAAAUAUACGAGAAUGAACUCUAUGAAUAUGAAUUAAACGAAAAUAAUGAAAUAUUUCCAUCAAAAAAACUUGUAUUAAACGAAAAAGAUAUCUCUUUUGAAAUGGAAAAGGCAUACUUGAAAAUUAAAAAUAUAUUAUAUCAUAAUUACAAUAAUAUUUACGUAAAUAUAAAAAACAACAUGUACAUUUGUUUGUUGUUAUUAAAUUAUUUAUAUGACGAAAAUAUUAUUAAAAAAGAUGAAUUUUUAAAAAUUGUAUAUAAUAUAAAUGUAGAAUUUAAUUUAGACACAUUUCAAAAAAAUAAAAGUGAUAAAAAUAGCUCUUAUUCUCAUACCAUUAUUAAUUUAUAUAUUCAAGAACAAAAUAAAAAUGAAUCUAUUUAUGACAUAUAUAUGCUUACACAUUUAAAUUUGUUAAAAAAUAUUUUUAAAAAAAGCAACUAUAUUAGUGAUGAAAAUGUCUUUGAAAAAAUAGAAAAUGAUUUUUCAAUAGAUGAAGGAGCUUAUAUACAUAAAAAGUUAUACCUUGAUACAUUUAGGAUGUUUUUUAAUAAUUGUUUAUAUAUAAAAGAUAAUAUUAAUUAUUUAAAAUUAUUUUAUUUGAAUGUGAUAACUCACGAAAUAUUUAAAUUAUUUAAUGAUUAUAAAGUACAUCAAAAUAUAAAAAUAAACUAUAUGAUUCUUAAAAAUAUAAAAUGUGUAAAUAUCUUAAAAGAAGAGAAUGAUUUAAACAAUAUUUAUUAUUUUUUAAGUAUAUUAUAUUAUUUUAAAAAAAAUAGUUUAUUAAAUUACAAGAUGAAUUUAUUUGAUGAUAAUUUAUCUGAUAUAAAAAAAAUUCACAAUAAAUAUAUGCUUUUUUUAAACUUGUUAAAUAAUUAUAAUUUAUAUGAACUUCUUAUAGAUAAUAAUAUUGUCGAAGAUGAAAUUAAUAAUAAGUACUUAAAUAAAGAGAAAAGAGAAAAUAAAAAAUUUGAUGAUAAAAUUCAAAAUAAAAAUGUUGAUGAGCUAAAAAAUAAUUUUUUUUGUUACUUUAUGGUAGAAUUUACUUUUAAUAUUACACAUCUCUUAAAUAAAACAGAUAUAUAUAUGAAAUUGCAUAUUUUAAAGUGUAUAAGGCUUCUGAAUUUUAAAAACGAAUAUUUAAUAGAUAUAAUUAAUGAACAUUUAUUUAAUUUUUUCAUAAAUAAAUCAUUUUAUAUGAACAAUAACUAUUUUUUAAAUUUUUUGGAAUAUUUGCUGAUAUCAAUCAUUUAUUCUCCAUCUAUUUUUUUUUAUUUAUUAAAAUACAUAGAUAAAAAUAAAUUUAAAAAUUUACUAGACUCAGUUAAACAAAAAAAAAAAUUUAUAAAUAAACUAAAAAAAAUAUAUGAUAACAUUAACAUAAUAAUCAAUGAAAAUGAGAAAUGGACAGAAAAUGUUGUAAAAAAUAACCUUUUUAUCAAAUAUAAUACAAAAGAAGUUAAAAGUUUUCAAAAUAUGUUAUAUGAUUUUUUAUUUUUGUAA